UCCACACUCGAUUUCUGCCUCCACAUGUUUCCCCGGCAUGCAUGGAAGAGAAUCUUUCUCUCAUGUAAGGCCCGUCGCUAUUUAUUACCCCUGAACGCUCGUCACUUUCCUUCACCUAUAAGCAGCUCUCCAGCACCCGCCAUUGGAGCUCUGCAACAAGAGACUCCAUUGUUACCGAUAUGUUCAUGUCUUUGAAAUAGGAGUAAAAAGGUCAUCUGAAACUAGGAAAUAGAUAGAUUAAUACAGCUUAUGGGUCGGAGUCCAUGUUGUGAAAAGCAAGGCGUGAACAGAGGAGCCUGGUCCGAUGAGGAAGACCAAAUCCUCACCAACUAUAUCGCCCUCCACGGAGAAGGCAAAUGGAGGAAAGUUGCCCAGAAUGCAGGUCUAAACAGAUGCUUCAAGAGUUGUAGGCUCAGAUGGGUAAAUUACUUGAAACCAGGCAUCAAGAGAGGUGCCAUCUCCCCCGAUGAGGAAGACCUCAUUAUCAGGCUUCAUCGCCUUCUGGGUAAUAGGUGGGCUUUAAUAGCUGCAAGGCUUCCGGGACGAACCGACAACGACAUAAAGAACUAUUGGAACACCACUUUGGUCAAAAAGCUUCAAGCUGCAAGGCCGCACGUCAAGCAUGAUCUCACCUAUGAAGAGAAGGUCGGGUCAUUUGCCAGUAAUGGACUAGUCUUGCAUCAACAGGUGAAUUCACACCUUAAGGUCCUUGGUUUCACUGAGUUCUCUACGUCAAAUGAACCGGACAAGGACCUGGCGAGCACAAUCAACACCGGCGCGAAGAACAGUGAUACUGAAAACCUAAUUCCUUUUCGAGCAGAGGACAGAGAUGACGAUGGCAUGAACUUCUUGCAUGCUGGUGAUGAAGGCUUUGUUUUCGACAUUUCAGAAUUGAAUUCGCCAUUGUGUCAUGAGAAGAUGGAGAUGGAAGAGGAGAAAGAUUUAAUUGGUGUGAACAGUGGGAGCAUUCCUUGUUCAGACGUCUGUGCUUCGUCGUGUUCAAGAGAUGAAGACAAGGUCGAAACUCAGACGACGUAUAAACAUGAAUAUUGUGAUAAACCCACUUUAGACAUGGAGUUGAAGAAGUUGGCUCUUUUUCUCGAAUUGGAAGAUGAGUUUUCUAUAAGCUGGUUUCAAGCAUGAAUCGGUGCUUUGCUGGGGUAGUUUCUUAAUUAAUCGCCUCCACUGAGUUUCGAUAUGUACUUAUCUUGGAUUAUUUUGAUUCGAGUUUUCUAAUUUUCCAUGGAAUAAUAAGAUGAGGGAAAAAAUAAAAUGUGACUAUGGGGUUUGCAUAGAUAAUUCUGGAGCGGGAUUAUAAAACCCCUUUCUUUUACUAUGCUAGAAAAGCUGAUGAAAAUUGGUCACCUUCAAAUAUGAUGGGAAAAGUAUCAAAAAAGUCAUAAGUCUAUUGCAUUGAUACCAUUUUUAUUUUAAAUAUUUUAAAUGGACUGAUUUAGUCGUAAA